AUAAAGUAUCGGGUAUAACAUGAUAAAGCUAAAGUUAUUCAUCUCUGAAAUGAUUGCCUGAGAGUAAACCAGUUAAUAAUUUUAAUAAUAUUUUUUUUAACAUAAUAUAAAAUAUUUUUUACUUUUAUACAGAGUUAAACAAAACCAUACCAUUAAGUAUGACAGAGCACAAUUUUCCUGUUUUACAAAAUGAUCGAAUUUUCAAAACAAUUCGUGGUGAACAAGUAGAUAAAGUUCCUGUAUGGAUUAUGAGACAAGCAGGACGUUAUCUUCCAGAAUUUCAAGAAGUUCGUGCGAAGCAUGAUUUUUUCGAUGUUUGUCAAAAUCCAUCAUUAGCAAGCGAAGUAACAUUACAACCUAUUAAACGUUUUGAUUUAGAUGCAAGCAUUAUAUUCUCUGACAUUUUAACUAUUCCACAAGCAAUGGGUUUGACAGUUGAAAUGGUUCCUAAAGUUGUAAGAAAUGGGCCGGUCUUACCUAAUCCUUUAAACGAUCCGUCAGAUUUAUCACGAUUGAUAAAACCCGAAGUAGAAAAAGAUUUGAAAUAUGUUGGAGAUGCUAUAACAUUAACCCGUCAUAAACUAAAUGGAAAAGUUCCACUUAUAGGAUUUACUGGAGCACCCUGGACAUUGAUGGGUUAUAUGAUUCAAGGUGGUGGUAGUUCUGUUAUGGCUAAACCACGCACUUGGCUUUACAAAUAUCCUAAUGAGUCACAUCAACUGUUACAACUUAUUACCGACGUAGUAAUAGAUUAUUUGGUGAUGCAAGUUAAAGCUGGUGCUCAGUUAUUGCAAGUUUUUGAAAGUAAUGGAGAUUAUCUUAACGACGAUCUAUUUUCAAAAUAUUCUCUUCAAUAUCUUGUAAAGAUCAGUAAUGAAGUAAAGGCAAAGUUAAAGGAACAAAAUAUUACGCAAGUACCAAUGAUUGUUUUUCCUAAAGGUGCAACGAUGAAUUCUUUAGAAAUGCUUGCAAAAACACAAUGCUAUGAAGUAAUAGGUUUAGAUUGGACUGUAGAUCUACUGGAAGCAAGAAAUCGACUAGGAACAAAUGUUACCUUACAAGGGAAUAUGGAUCCAUGCGCGUUAUUUGCAACUGCAGAUAACGUUACUCAUAGAGCUCAACAAAUGGUAGAAGUAAUUGGUAAAAGCAGAUAUAUAGCAAAUUUAGGUCAUGGCAUUCUACCAGAUACACCAAUCUCAUCAGUUGAAGCUUUUAUAAAAGGUAUUCAUGCUGUCUAAAUAUAUGGGAUGUGAUGAUGAUGUAUAAUAUAUAAUAUAUGUACAUAU